UUAAUGAAAUGAUUCUUGUUAACUUAUGCUUGAAAGGAAACGCUCUUGACAUUUUACUUUGUGUACUCAAAUGUCAAAUCUGUCAUAAAAGUCAAUUUUAAAGAUGGUCGAUUUUGUGGCUCUUUUUGUAUUUAUUCUGUAAUUUAAAUUGACUUAAAAAUUUGAAGUGCGUGAAAAUCAUGACUGAAAAAGCGAUGACCAUGGAACAGCUGGAGGAAACAGUGAAACAUACUGAUGAACAAUUAGACCUAAUGGAAUGGAAGAUGGACAAUGUAGAGAAACAAAUGGUGGAGCCCAUGGACAAUCAGGAUGUGUGCAUUGUCAACUUACUUAAAUCAGUCUCUGAGGUUCGCUCGGACUAUCAGCAGCUAAGACGCGAGCUGGUGGAGGUCCAGGCUCUGCAGCGCGAGCUGUCCACACGUCUGCGCUCCCAGUUGCGUAUAGUCCACGGGAAGUUCGCCAGGCUGAGACAGCGCAUCGCCGCCGCCUCACCGCCCCGCUAAAACUAUGUGACUGCUGUCAUACGUCCUUACAUUUUAUGGCGGCAUAUAUUUUUUUGGUAUCUUUUAUGUACUCGGUUCUAAUAUUAUCUUCCAUUUUUAAAAAAGAUUUCUAUAUGUCGUGGUUUAUAAUAUUUCUUUCUUUUUUUGUAAUGUCAUUUUAAUUGAAACCACGGAUAAUCGAACACGUGCCAAUAUUUAGAUUUAGGUUAUAGAAAGCACUAUUAACAAAUACAUAUAUCCCACUAUUUAAAGAUAAAUUGAUCUCAUAGGUAGUUGAAAACUUGCGAUCACUAGUUCGUAAUAUUUUGUAAUAGUUCUUAGAACAUGAAUGUGUGAAAUGAGAAACGAAAGGUAAAAAAAAAAAUAGUUUUUCUUUCAUUAAUGCUACUAGUCGAACCUUAUGAGUGACAUCAGUGUCAAAUUUAAUUAGUACGCAUUUUAUAGAACAGUGUAAGUUGGUGCUAAUGCAAUUCAAGAAUUUGUAUGUGUGGAUGAAAAUAGUAUUUGAUGUUUAAAACUACGGCAUCUAAAAAUAUAGUAACUUGACACAUAUACGAAGUGUCGAAGUAUAUUUUUUUUUAAUUAUUAUUAUUAUUAUUUAUUAUUAAACCUUCAAAAGCUUAUGUAGUUUAUUUGUUUGUGCUUUAUUGUUUAAUAUAUUUCUUUUAUAAGAAUGUUUCUUAAAAUCUAUACAGACUUAGCUAAGAAAUGCGCUGGCCCAAAUAGUAGUUUUUUUUUUUUAUAUUUUAAAUUGAAAUUUUCUUAUGGAACUAUUAUUUACAAAAUUGAAUGUCUAUGAGACGGUAAUUUAAAUUUUAUAAUGGAAUUAGACAUUGUAAUAGUAAUUGGGAAUGAGGACCAAAGGAAGGAUCCACCCCAGUUACAUCGUAGCUUAGGAAAUGUUUAGCAUUUUUUUUGCAUUUAUACAUUGUAGAUAAAUUAUAUUAGAGUAAUUAUUGUAUCACUAUUAUCAUAAUGCACAUAUCUUUUAUUGCAUGAUUGUUCAUAUAAAUGUCAUAGAAAUACGAUCACAGAGUCAUAUAAUAAUGAUUUUUAAUAACUCUGUGAUUAUUUUCUUUUCAAUCAUCGUAGUGUUUAAGGAAAAUACAUGUCUGAAACUAUGUCUAAGUCUCGAAUGUCUAAAUUAAUGAUUAUACCUAAUUUAAGUAGUCUAGGAUAGAUCCCGAUCAUUUUUGAUGUAUUUUUGUGAAUAUUCUGACUCGUUUAUAAAUUAUGAAGUCGGAGAGGCGUGCUUGUGAUGGUUGUGAGUUCGAUGAAAGUUUAGCGGAGUAUGGGCAGAGGCAAUACGUAUCUUAAACAUUUUAUACGUUUCAAAAGUCCCCCUAAAAUAUUUCAAAUCGUAAUUCUCAUCAAGGAAUUGAAUAAAUAAUUUAUAAUUUUCAUAGUCAAUUCAUAUUAAUCACAUUUGAUGUAUGUUAUAAAAAUUAUUAGAUUUUUUCAGCACUUUAAGAGCACGUUGAAAAAUUUUUCGUAUAUCAUGAUCAUAAUUUAACUGCACUGGGAUUAAUAUAUUUAAACGCAUUAAAUUAAUUACUGUUAAACGUCGUCGUUUAUAGAAUCGUGCCAAAAUACGAUUUCACUCUUCAAGUCCAAUAUUGACAAUAUGCACUAUUCCUAUUUAUAAGUAGUUUGUUUCUACUUAGUGUGUAUUGUAUAAAUUGAGUUUAUUUUUUCUUAUUAAGAUCGCGGUCUUAUCCAUUAUUUUGAUCUGUUUUUUUUUUUAAAUUAUUUUCUAAUAAAUGAUAUUUUACAGUUAA